AUGCGUAUGAUUGUGUCGCCGGGUCGAACCGAUUCUGUACGACAGGUAUGGUUCCAGAACAGGCGGGCGAAAUUCCGCAAGCAGGAGCGACUCGCGCAGCAAAAAGCAGGCGAGACGCCAGUGAAGGCGGAGGGCAAGCGCGACAAACCAGGCUCCCCCGCCUCACCUCACCAGACACCGCCAGCGCCACCUCAGCCUGCCCACCACACACUGCCACAUCUCUCUCCACCUGAUCUGAAACCUAUAACCUCUGCAGCGAAUAAGCUUUGUGAGGAGUUGAAUGGAGUGGGCAGCGGAGGAGGUGGUGGUAUGCCUCCAGUGAGCGGCGCCAGCGGCGGGAAAUGGACUGGCGGGUGCGGCCUCCUACGCCAACCUUCAGGCUUCCCUCUGCUCGGCGUAGCGCCACCCAAUUACUUGCUUUCUGAUCAUCUUGGAACUCUCGCUAAAACAAACAAUCAUCUUUUCUAA